CCACUGAAAUCUACCGCUGUAGAAACUGUUACCAUUAUUUUGGCUGAGACAACGACGAUGUUAGCUCUACUUGUUAUUAUAUUGGUUGUUGUCAUCAUUAGAAUGCGAUCCAAAUUGGCAGAGUCCAAGGUAAAAUUGUCCGACAUAAGACUAGGUGAUGAAAACCAAGCUACCUCAGUGUACGUGCAUGAUAACAGCACAGUUGGUACUUCCCCAUCUGACGUACCUGUAGGAUCCUCUUGGUACGGAAGAUCAGCACCUACUGGAGAACAUGAUUACCAAACCGAACAAGGACUGUCAGGAAACAACGAUCAACAAACAAACACGUACGAGAGACUGGAUGUGGACGUCACUGCACAGAGAGGUACAUAUGAGAAGUUAACUGUGUAAAUUGUUUGUAGAAUCAGAACAGAAAUGUUGCUGAUAGUAUUCGUUACAAAUAGACUGUAUGUAGAGUGUCCAUUGCUAC